AUGGCGUUUAUUAAAGUGGAGAGUGAAGAUGUGAAGAUUGAAGAAACAUUCACAGUCAAACAGGAAGAUCUGCAGGAACAAACAGAUCUGAUGGUGCUGAAAGAAGAGACUCAUGGACAGAAUGAAACAGAUGAGAAACAGCAGUUUGAGAAACCCCAAGAAAUAAUGACUGAUGAAAAACCCACACUGACUAAAAAGACUUCAUCACACAGAAGACUUCGGAAAUCCAAAUCUGGGUGUAAUUUCAGCUGCAAACAGUGUAGAAAGAGUUUCAGUCAAAAGUCAAACCUUGAUGUUCACAUGAGAGUUCACACUAGGGAGCAACCUUUCACCUGCGAACAGUGUGGAAAGAGUUUUGGUCAAAUACAAGGCUUUAAAGCCCACAUGAGAAUUCACUCUGGAGAGAGGAAGUUCACAUGCCAAGAAUGUGGAAAAAGCUUCCGUCAUGCAAGAAACCUGGCAGCGCACAUGAGAACUCACACUGGAGAGAGGAAGUUCACAUGCCAAGAGUGUGGAAAAAGCUUUUAUCAUGCUGGACACUUUGCAGCACACAUGAGAAUUCACACUGGAGAGAAGCCUUUCAGCUGUAAGCAGUGUGGAAAGAGUUUCUGUCAAAAGCCAAACCUUGAUGUUCACAUGAGAGUUCACACAGGGGAGAAACCUUACACCUGCGAACAGUGUGGAAAGAGUUUUAGUCAAAUACAAAACUUUAAGAUCCACAUGAGAAUUCACACUGGAGAGAGGCCAUACACAUGCCAACAGUGUGGAAAAAGCUUUUAUCAUGCUGGAAACCUUGCAGAACACAUGAGAACUCAUACUGGAGAGAAGCCUUUCAGCUGUAAACAAUGUAGAAAGAGUUUCAGUAAAAAGCCGCACCUGAUUGCUCACAUGAGAGUUCACACUAGGGAGAAACCUUACACCUGCGAACAGUGUGAAAAGAGUUUAGGUAAAAAUCAAGACCUUUACAUCCACAUGAGGAUUCACACUGGAGAGAAACCUUACACAUGCACAGAGUGUGGUAAAAGUUUCCCACAUAAAAACACACUCAAUCACCACAUGAGGAUUCACACUGGAGAGAAACCAUUUGCAUGUGCUCAGUGUGGAAAGAGCUUCACAACCAAAACUAGCCUCAAGAACCACAUGAAUGUUCACACUGGAACCAUAGUGUUCACAUGUGAUCAGUGUGGAAAGAGUCUCACACGCAAAGACACCAUUAAGAAACACAUGAAGAUUCACUCAAGAGAGGAUCGUUUUAGAUGCAGUGAGUGUGGAAAGGGCUUUAAAAGUAAAAGAAGCCUCAACACUCACAUGAAGAUUCACAAUGCAGAGCAGAAUCCUCAACAUUGAGGCCUUGUCCACACAAACACGGGUAUAUUAAAAACGGCAGCUUUUUCACGUAGUUUGGCUGUUUAUUCAAGUGAAGUUUAUUUAUAAACUACUGUCGAGAGGAUCACAUGCUUAUGAUUGUCCACGGCUGGUCCAGCAUUAGCUAAAAUAUGAUUCACCAAUCAGAUGAUUCCUGACUCACUAUAGAUAACCAGAACACAAAGCUGCGGUCACACUAGACUUUGAGAUUGUGAAAUUCUGUCAUACGGUGCUGUUAAAAGGGGCGGGAUCAAACAAGAUUUUUAGAAAUUAAAAAAGUGAGCAAUUGCUCCAUGGUUUAAAUUUCUGUCCAGAGAGGUCAUGUUUUGAUCCUCGAUUGGUCUCACGCAGUCAAGUGAUGCGAUUUCGCAUUGAUUUCGCAAUGAUUAGCCAGUGGUUAGCACUGUUGCCUCACAGUAAGAAUGUCGCAGGUUAAAGUCCCUGCUAACCAGUUGACUUUUUGUGCAGAGUUUGCUCAUUCUCCCUGUGCUCGUGUGGAUUUCUCCUGGUUUUCUCCCACACUCCAAAA